CUGUUUGGUUUUGUGAAAAAUUUGACUGGACUUGAUGAGUGAGAACACUAAGAUGUACUCCAUCCGCAGCCUCCCCACCAUGCGGUACAGGGAGCAGGCUGAGGAGGAUGGGAUCGAAGAUAUGACCCAACUAGAAGAACUACAUGAAGGGGCCGUUUUGAUAAAUUUGAAGAAGAGGUUUGAACGUGAAUUGAUUUACACGUACAUUGGAAGUAUACUAGUGUCUGUGAAUCCCUACAAGAUGCUUAACAUUUAUGGGACCGACAUGGUGCUGCAACACAAAGGACAUGCUUUGGGGUCAAAUCCCCCGCAUCUUUUUGCUAUUGCAAAUGUCUCUUACACAAAAAUGAUGGAUGCCAAACAGAACCAGUGCAUUAUCAUAAGUGGGGAAAGUGGUGCUGGAAAAACUGAGGCCACCAAGCUGGUUCUGCGUUAUUUAGCUGCGAUACACCACAAGCGCAACAUCACUCAGCAGAUUCUUGAAGCAGCUCCUUUGUUAGAAUCAUUUGGAAAUGCCAAAACCGUGAGAAAUGACAACUCAAGUCGCUUUGGAAAGUUUGUGGAGAUCUUCAUGGAGGAGGGUAUAAUCAGUGGUGCCAUAACCUCACAGUAUCUCCUUGAGAAGUCCAGGAUAGUGUUUCAGGCCAAAGAUGAACGAAACUAUCACAUUUUUUAUGAGAUGCUGGCAGGCCUCCCCUCACAACAAAGACGGACCUUCUACCUCCAAGAGGCAGAAACAUACUAUUAUCUCAACCAGGGAGGAGACUGUGAGAUCCAGGGGAAGAGUGACGGAGAGGACUUCCGCAGGCUCAUCAGCGCCAUGGAGAUACUACACUUCAGUGUUGAAGACCAGGGCAACAUCUUCAGGGUCCUAUCCUCCAUUCUGCACCUGGGAAACGUAUUCUUUGAGAGAUAUGAGACUGACUCUCAGGAAGUUGCGUCGGUGGUGAGCGCUCAGGAGAUACGUGUGGUGGCUGAACUUCUUCAGAUCUCUCCCGAGGGCCUGCAGAAGUCCAUCACCUUCAAAGUCACGGAAACAAUGAGGGAGAAGAUCUAUACCCCUGUGACGGUUGAAAGUGCAGUUGAUGCCAGAGAUGCCAUUGCCAAGAUCUUGUACUCCCUUCUGUUCAACUGGCUGACAGACCGUAUCAACAAGUUGGUUCACCCACGAAAUGACGCAUUGUCUAUCUCCAUACUUGACAUCUAUGGAUUUGAGGACCUUAACUUCAACAGCUUUGAGCAGCUUUGCAUAAAUUAUGCAAACGAAUACCUUCAAUUCUUUUUCAACAGGAUAGUGUUCAGAGAAGAACAAGAGGAAUACAGCAGAGAGCAAAUUAACUGGCAGGAGGUUCCUUUCAGCAACAACCAGGACUGCAUUGACAUCAUAGCAGCAAAACCCCAUGGGAUUCUCAGAAUCCUUGAUGACCAGAGCGGUUUUCCUCAGGCAACAGACCACACAUUCCUUCAAAAAUGUCACUAUCACCAUGGCAACAAUCCCUUGUAUGUAAAGCCAAAAAUGCCUCUUCCUGAGUUCACCAUCAAACACUAUGCUGGAAAAGUUACUUACCAGGUCCACAAGUUUUUAGACAAAAACUUUGACCAGGUGCGUCAGGAGGUGCUCGACCUUUUCAUUCAGAGUAAAAACAAGAUGGUGUCUAAUCUGUUUGUGAGCUACGCCGAGAUCCUUGGGCAGCAGAGGACACAUGUGAGGAAGAACAGCACGGUGACUCGGCGCUACCAGGCCUCAACAGUCGCUGCCAAGUUUCAGCUCUCCCUUAUGGAGCUCAUAGAGAAGAUCGAGAGAUGUAACCCCUUUUUUGUACGUUGUAUCAAGCCAAACCAUAACAAGGAUCCUGGCGUCUUUGACGUGGAGCUGGUGAGCACUCAGCUGCGCUAUUCUGGGAUCCUGGAGACCAUCCGCAUCAGGAGGGAGGGGUAUCCGAUUAGAGUGCCUUUUGAUGUCUUCCUUUUCAGGUAUAAAUCCCUUCUGGGCAUGAAGCAGCCUCCCCCUGCCAAUGGUGAGAACUGUGUUAUGAUGCUGAGGAAGCUGUGUCCCGUGAGACCAGGGGCCUUCCAAGUAGGAGUCACCAAGCUUUUCCUGAAGGAGGAGGUGUACCAGCUUCUGGAGAGUAAGCGGGAUCGGGUUCGGCACGUGGCUGCCCUCACGCUGCAACGCUACACACGCAUGUACUUUGUGCGCAAGCGCUACUUUGCUUUCCGCGUGAAGAUCAUCAGGCUGCAGGCCCACUGUAGAGGGUUCCUUGCAAGAAAACAGUAUGUGAAAAUGAGGAUUAGCCUGAUCAGGUUUCGGUCAAUUAUCCAUAUGUAUGUCAAUCGGAAGAGGUUCAUCAAGCUCAAUCUGGCAGCAAAGAGGAAGGAAGAGACGGAGAGGAUCAGAAGGGAGAUGGAGCUAUCGAGGCGCGAGGUUGUCAACGUCACACAUCUGCCCAUUCCAGCUGAGCUGGCAGGGCUCCUCAAUUCAGCAGCAGGAGGAAGAGAGCUGCACUCGGAUUGUCUGGCUCUGGUCCAGGCUCCAACUGUAGAAGUGGUGUCCCAACUCACCCUGCCCCUCGACAUCAAUAAUUACUCCAUGACUAAAUGCAUUCAGCUUUAUUUCAAAGCACCCAAGUUUGGAAUGUUGACAGCACCUUUGGACAUGCCACUGACACAUGUGGAUGAGGAUCUGAAGCAUGAGGCUCUUAAUAUUUUCGUCAUGGUUUUAAGGUUCAUGGGUGACCCCCAUUUAAACGGUGCUCAGGAGAACCUGUUUGGGAACUACAUCAUUCAGAAGGGGCUCACAUAUCCCAGUCUGAGGGAUGAAACCUUGUGUCAAAUUGCCAACCAGGUGUGGAGGAACAGCAAUCCCGACAACGCAGAGAGAGGCUGGCUGCUGCUGCUAGCCUGCCUGAGCGUUUUUUCCCCCUCUGCGAAAAUGGAGAAGUAUCUCCUCAAGUUCGUCUCAGACUAUGCUAUGGAGGGCUUUAAUGCUAUUUGCCAACAUAGGCUCAUACAAGCCAUGCAGAAGUCUCUCUAUGGUCCAGAAACUGCCAGGACCUAUCCUCUAUGCUUACUAGAGUGGACAGCCAAUAGGAAAAAAGCCAACAUGGUGUUGCAAGUGCACUGCUUUGAUGGGACAUCCUUCCUGUGUCCUGUUCAUUCCUGGACCAGUGGGGAGGACCUGGCAGGGGACGUCCUUCAGCACAGGGGUAUGAUGGAGGGCUGGAGGGGCAGUUCCGUCUUCAUGAAGGAGCACGGCCAGUGGGCUGAGCUUGCCGGCCACGACUACGUGAUGGACCUGAUCGCCGACUUGGAGUUGAUCCGGGACUUCCCCAAGCAGAAGUCCUACUUCGUCAUCUCUGCCGACAGCCCUAACAGGACGAGGGCCAACGCCAGCCUUGCCCUGUUUGGAAGUGGGUUCGACUCAGAUGAUGAAAGUCCUCUUGCCAUGACUCGCCAUGCAAUGCCCAGCAUCCCAGACUCAGAUGGAUACUACAGUCAUGUCGAGUCGGACACGUUUAGUGAGCCUCCCACCCAGAGAGGUAUGGACAGGUAUCUGGACAGCCUGUUUGAUCCGGUGCUUUCCGAUGGAAGUGGGGACCUGGAGAGGGCCGCCAGCAUGUCUAGCCGUAUGAUGGGAACAGGGGGACUCGGGACAGGGGAGGGCGAGGAGGACAAGUCCCCAUCGGGCAGGCCCUAUCCUCCAGGACUGCAACCCGGAGCGGUACCCGUUCUCCCCAUCAUGGGCGGAAUGAUGCCACCAAUCCCCAUGCCAGCCAUGCACUCUAUGCCCGCCUCUGAUACUCCCUCUGUGCCAGCUGCCCCCUCUAUGCCAGCUAUGCCCGCUAUGCCAGCUUUAAACGCUAUGCCAGCUCUGCCUAAUGUGCCAGCGAUACCUAAUGUGCCAGGAGUUGACCAGUCAGUCGUGACACAGCAACAGCAAGCUAUUAUCAACCAACAAGCAAUCAUAUUAGCCCAGCAGAUGACCAUGCAGGCCAUGGCCCUGCACCAGCAUAUGUACAGCUCACUGGGGGGCUCAACAUCGGCCCCCACUGUGACCCCACAGCACAUGCCUGCAAACCUGAACUAUACACCUCCCACCAGGACGCCCAACCCGACUAAGCCGGAACGAGGAGAGGUUCUCUAUAAGCCAACUCCUCCUGUGCUGCUUGCUAACAGGGAGAGAUCUGCACAACGAAAUGCAAGCCCAACAAAGCCUGCGCCCCGGGAUGACGUGGUUCGGGCCUCAAUCUCCAACUCUGAGCACUUGGAGCCCAGCCACAACAUCAAGGACAUCAUCAAACAGUACCAGCCCACUAGUGUCCCCAAACCUGUGGAAAUGCACAGAAAGGAGGCGAAAGUGUUUAUGAGGAAGCCAGACCCUCAUGAUGAAGCCAUGCUGAUCCUGAAAGACCAGAUGACCUCUCCCCCACAGAGAAAGAAGACUUAUGCCCCUUCGCCUUCGUCUGCUGCAUCAGCCCGUGAGUCUAGAUAUGACGAAGGCCGAACACUAAAGUCGGUGAAAAGGUCCCACCCUCCAGUGCCCGCUGUUAGCCACAGGCACCCGCCCCCAGCCCCAGUGUCCAGAGAGCUGCCGGUGGAGACGGAGACCAUCAAGACCCAGCUGCACAAACGGAGCAGUGAAGAACACUACACCUACACCAAUGUGCCCUGGAAGAUUUACCUCAGGAAAGAGGUUUUCUACCCCAAAGACAGCUUUAAUCACCCCUUGAUGCUGGAUCUCCUUUUUAAACAGAUUGUCCAUGACACAUUCUCUGAGGCUUGCAUCCGUAUCACUAUAGAAGAGAGACAGAAUAUGAAAUCCCUGUUUGACGAGAACAACAUUACUUUAGACUCGGCAGGCCCAGAUGAUAACGUGAAGAAAAAGAUUGUGACGGCAGCUAGAGAUUGGUGGGAGAUAUACUUCUCAAGGCUCUUUCCAGCUUCUGUGCGCCAGUGCUAUGGGUGCAUAGUGAAAAAGAAGGUGAUGCUCCUGGAGGAGUUAAAGAGAGACACCACUGACUUUGGUUGGAAGUUUGGUGCGGUCCACGGCCGUGCGGGAGUCUUCCCCGUGGAGUUUGUGCAGCCGGUGGCGGCGCCGGACUUCAUCCACCUCCCUGUGGACAGGAAAGAGGAGCCCAAGAACAAGCAGGGGCGUGUGGCGGCGUCCGCCGCAGUGGCCGUUGCCGUAGGCUCCUCCGCUGCAGCCCACGAGCUGGACCGCUCUAUAGAGGUGGCUGCACCAUCAAGUGAGCACACUGAGACCUACCCUGGCUACAGUAGCAUGGAUGUUGAUGAGAGGAUACUGCAUGACAGCCAAUACAACAUGGUGGAGUUUGCGAAGAAGUACUUCCGAGAGGCGCAGAGAGGCGGCAGUGACUCCUACAAACAGAGAACGAAAAAAGGAAAAGAGCCAAGGGAACCUGUUGAGAUGGUGAAAUUCUCCAAGUCUCCCAUCCAGGAAUCUUUAAUCGAUUUUACAGACGAAAAUAUGAAUAAAGUGGCGGCUGACAUGUUCCUGGCAAUUAUGAAGUUUAUGGGGGACUAUCCAAUGAAGGGGCAAACCGAACAGGAGGUCGUCAGCACUAUUCUUAAGCUAAGUGGAGAGUUUGGACUGAUGCGGGAUGAAGCUUACUGCCAGGUCCUGAAGCAGAUCACGGGGAACACCAGCUCCAAAACGGACAGUUGCCAGAGGGGCUGGAGGCUCCUGUACAUCCUCACGGCCUACUACCGCUGCUCCGAGGUGCUCAAGCCCUGCCUGCUCAAGUACCUGAUGGACGUGCACGCUAAUCAGGGCAUACACUACCAAGGGAUUGCUAAUGCAUGUGAGCAGAAUCUGAGGAAGACUUUCCAGUAUGGUGGACGCAUUGAGCCUCCAAAUGGCAUGGAACUGAAGGCUAUGUUGCGUGGCUGUGUGUGUGUCUGUCUCUCUUUAGGUCUGGUGAGUGCAUUCCCGAUGUUCGGCUCCUCGUUCUUCUACAUCCAGAGCAGCAGCAACAGCGCUAUAGAUACUCCCUGCAUCCUGGCGGUCAAUGAAAAUGGCCUCAACUUUGUCAACAAGGACACUCACGAGAUCCUGGUGAAGUUCUCGCUGAAGGAGGUGCAGUCCACUCGUACACAGAGGCCCACAGCUGGCUCCAGUUACCCAUACGUGGAGAUUAAGUUGGGGGACCUGAUGUCUCAGAGGAUCACUCAACUGCAGCUGGACCAGAGCCUGGAGCUGUGUCGAGUCAUCGCCAUGCAUAUGGAGAACCUGCUGUCCGUGCGGGAGAAGCGACUGACCCUUCCCCCAAGCGAGAUCACGCUCCUGUGAUGCAGCCCUCACACGUUACGCCCGUCCGUGUCACACCACGACACGACACACUGUGGGACUCAUCGACCUGACGAGGAAAACCUGUGAGAUUCGAGGGGAUCUCCCAAGGUGUAACUAACCAGACAGGGAGUAAGGUCCAAACAGUCACUCUAUCACUGUACCAUAGGCUUAUUUAACUGGUAACACACUUGCUAUACAGGUUAAAAAAAGCAAUCCCAAUCCCUAUAAUGCAAGUUGAUUUGGGUAAAAGUGUCCAGUAAAUGAAAAAAAGAACCAGAUUUCAUCUAGUUCUGAAUCGGGCCAGCUGUGGUCUGGGUGGCUGACUGUAAGUCAAUCCAGGAAUUUAGCAGGACAAUCCCAUUUUUGCCUCAAUCAACCAACCCAUUGGUCUGACUCUCAACCCACCUUAAACUGUAAAUGUUUAUAAAUGUUGAACAACAACUGUGUCUACCUCCAAUCAAACAUAUAUUGGAUACGUUGUGAUAAGUGUAAAUACAUAAUACCUGAUUCCUAUGUUCCUAUGUACUGUACUACUCCACAAAAUCUAUGUUGUAACAGUAGGCUACCAGAAUGCCAUAUUUUAGUGUUUUCAUUGUAAAUGUGCAUAGUAGUCUAUACCUACACAAGGAUUUAGGUAUUUGCACUAUGUUUGGAUGUUUAUGUACAAAAUUAUAUUAUUGUCAUUUUAUGUGAUCAAGAGGAUCAAUACCUUUAUCAACAAAUAUAAAUGCAUUCAAAAAUGCUA